AUGGCAUGGGCCACUUCUGCAAUCACUCAGCUUGCUGGGGCUGUUGCAUUGGAGCGUCGUGGUAGGGGAGCACAAGGAGAGAAGGAAGGUUCCCUGGCAAUCGACAAUCCAAAGCUGUCUGUGCAAAGCAUUCCGGGAUUGCAAGCGCAAUUGGUUUGCCCUGGCGAUGUGGUCUCUGCAGAGCCAGGGGCUUUGCGGGGCCGUGGGGUGGUCGAACGAGCGGAUGGCAAGCUGGUCGCUACAACAUGCGGCGUCGUUGAGCAUGUAAACAAGCUGCUUUAUGUGAGACCCUUGAAACAUCGCUAUGCUGGCAGUGUUGGUGAUGUGGUUGUGGGCAGGAUUGUUGAAGUGCAAACAGACCGCUGGGCGGUCGAGAUUGGCACAGCCCAGCUUGCCUACCUACAUUUGGGGGCGAUCCACUUACCUGGAAAUGUUCAGCGACGUAGGACUGAUGAAGACACACUCAGAAUCCGAGAGUUUUUUGAUGAGAAUGAUCUCAUCUCCGCAGAGGUGCAGAAAGUUCAAGAGUCUGGCGAGCUGGCAUUGCAGACGCGGAACUCACGCUAUGGAAAGUUACAAAACGGAGUACUUGCUUGCGUUCCAUCAGUGUUUGUCAGACGGCAGGCCCAGCACCUAGUCAAUUUGCCACGAGUUGGCGUGAUGGUGGUACUGGGCAACAAUGGUUGGGUGUGGGUUUGCGCACCGCCCAAAGUUGCGGGCUCCGGCCGGCAAGAGACCAUCAACUUUUCUCAGAUGGACGUGCGAUAUCAGAAAGUAAACCCGGACAUGAGAGAGCGAAUCUCAAGAGUUCGCAACUCUGUGCUGUGCUUGGUUGGAUAUGGGCUGGAAAUUACACCAGACAGUAUCACUUUCCUCUACGAGCAGUCACUCAAGCUGGACUUGGCAGCAUGGGAGCUUUUGGACUCCGCUCGUUGCGAUUCAGCCGGCUUGGUGGAAAAACUUGUGGCAGAGGUCACGCAGAGCAGCGGGUUGAAGUUAGAGCCCAAAAGCCUCAGUGGUGGUGGCAAAUCUUCAGAACUUGCAACAUUAGGUGGUGAUCCAUUCAAGAAUUUGAGCAGUACUUGGUUGGCUGGCGGCGAGAAGGGUGAACUGCCUGAGGAGUCAUCUGAUGAGGAACUGCUGGAGCAGUCUAGAAACAAGCGCAAGAAAGGGAAGGCAGAAGUGAGCGAGACAGAAAUGGCCGAUUUUAUUACCGGCCUGCGCCGCAAUAUGAAGAAGCCAGAAACACAGGCCGUGGCCUGCGAAGAGUUGAGCCAGCGACUAGCUGGACGAAAACAAGAAGGAAUUGAUAGUAUCGUGAUCGAGGAAGCUGCCACGACUGCCUUGGAAGCAGCUCAGGAGCACCCUGACGACAUGCAGCUACACAUGACAGUUUGUCCUUUGUUAGCAGACCUGCUCACAUUUUCAAAGGCUUCUGGCAGCACAGACAUGUUUACAAGGAACUUCACGCAGAAAGAAUUGCAGAAGCAACGGCAGGCUCUCGCGCUGCAAAGCUAUCUUCACUUCUAUGAGAAGCUGGAUGGCGACGACCAGUUCGAGAAGGUCUUUAAACGUUUGGCCAAGGAGCUUCCCGUGGAGGCAGUUCAGAUUUCAGAGCGGGUUGUUUGGAGCCUUUGCUUCCACAGUCACUUGACCUGGUUACGUGGGCACAAGAUCCGAGCACCGCUUAGCUGUGCCCAAGUCCAGACAUUUGUGCGGACUUUGGACUAA